UUUUCUCUGGAGAAAAAAAAACCCUCUAUUUUCUACUUGUCAGGGGAAUGGGUUAAUAAAAAUACUUGACAAGUGUGAGGAUAGUGACUUCAAUUUUAAAAGUCUGAGUCUCUGCACUGGUUGCUAUUUUUCAGGCACUUGGCUUGAAUGUGAUGAUUUAAAGGGUCCAUAUUGCAAGAGACGUCAAAGAUUUGAAGUUCCUCCUUCAGAGAUUCAUAUUGUUAUCUGGGAAAAGAAAGCAUCCCCUGUGCCAGAAGUGAAUUCACAGUUCCAAAGUAAAAAUAGUGAAGAUUUUCCUCUUAAUAAUGUACAUUCAAAUUCCAGAGUGUUGCAUUGUGGUUUUGAUAACACUGUCGGCAAAGCACCUGCAGAACACCACAAAGAGGAUUCUGUGAGGACUCCAGAGAAGAAGCAGCAGCAAGUAGCUGAGGACAAAAGUAUUGUUCAUCAUGGUUUAGAAAAUCUGGCAGAUGGUGAUCUUGUAAAACUGGUGCUUGAAGAAGAUCUAGCUGCUUCUGAAGAUAAAUCACUGCCUAACGGAUGGAUGGUGGGAAAUAACCUUCUUGAUGGAUGGGGCACACCACAACAGCAGGAACCAGCUUUUUCACUUAGCACUCCAUAUAAAGGAGAGUUUGCUGGAACUAGUCUAACUAUGAGCAAUAAAUCCAUGUUAUGUGAAAAUUCCAGUAUUUGUUUACCUCUAGGUGAGUUGAACCCAGUAAAUAUUACUCCUCCUGUGCCUAUAAAACACGACCCUGAUUCAUCAGACUUCUCACCUUCUCAAUUAAAUGACAGUUCUAAUUUAGCUAACAGAGAACAUGGAUUUAGUUCAGAACUAAUGCUAAACAAGAAGUUGUUAGCAAUGGAAAAUACUAUACAAAAAUCACCUGACUUGAAAGGUGCAAGCAAAACGGUAGUUAAUUCUCAAGUUGGCAGUUCUUCUGGUGCCAGUAAUUCAGUCCAGCCCUCACACAAAGACCAAAGAGGAGGAUUUGUAGGAAGCUGGGUAAAGAAAUUAUUAAUCAAGAAUACUUCUUUCAUGCCUUCAAGUGCCUCAGCUCUCAAGAAUGAGAGAAGUUGCAAAACUCCCUCAGUGCAAAAAAUAAGUAAAGUUCGGCUGCCAGUUAAGGGCGCAAGUAACUUUGGUGGAUUUCAAAGCAGAGAUACAAAGAAAACAACGGAGACCCCAAAGUUACUGGCUCCUCAGAGUAAUAAUACUCAUCCUUUAUCAAAUUUCAAAGGAUUUUCUCAAAACACUUGUCUUCCAACAGCAAAUCAUACCACUGUUGUAGGUCCAACUCGGAAUAAGUCAGAAAGUACAUUGGGUACCUCAGGUAAAGUGACUCAGUUCCCUUCACCUGGCUAUAAUUCUGGUAAGGCAGAAGAGUCAGACAGUGACAAAACAAAAAAACUUCGCCUAAAAUUAUUAAAAAAACUUAAUGCUAAAAAGAAGAAGUUGGCUUCACUGGAUAAAUUAGCAGUGGAACAGAUGAAACGGGAAAAACCUGUGAGUGGAGACGUAAGCGCCCCAUCGCAGACUGAACCUCAAAAUGAGAGUGAAUUAUUGCAGAGCUUUUUAAGGGAGCUUCCGUGUCAGAUUGAUGUCACAGGGAAUGGAUCUGAAUUUAAUGCAAACACUGUGCCAGGGUGCCCUGGCCAUGAUAACACCGAUGAAAUACUGGCAGAAUUACUGUCCCCUUCUUUGACUGUCGCUUCCUUGGAGGCUCCAAAGAGCGAAGACGAGUGUAUGUACAUGGAAAUGGUGCACAGCAGCGUGGCAACCACCACGUCCCAUGAGGACACCAGUGUGCCACAGGCAGCAGUGACAAGUGAGGACCACAAUUACUACAGUCCUGUAAAGGACACUAAUUCGGAGCUUGAGGCAAUAAACAAACACUGUGUGAAAAAACUUUCUUUUGAAAGUCCUAUGAGAGAAGAUAUUCUCGAAGACCUGUUCUCAAUUUCAGCACCAAGCUCCAUGGCAGGUGACAUAGAUUUACCUCAUUUUGAUGAAACUCUGUUUGAAACUUGGUAAAUACCGAGUUUCUUGGGUUUAAAUAUUUUUUCAGUAUUAUGUAUGUUUUGAAACAAAGCACUACUAAAUUAUAUUUUAUAACUAUAAUUGCACACUGGCUGUACUUGAACGAUUUACAUUUGAGGUAUUUUUUCUUAAUAUUUAUUGUAACAAGCAAAUCAGGGUUUGAUGAAUUUUAUUUUUCUAAGAAGCAGUUAUCUUAGCUGUCAGAUAUGAUGGUGAUUUUUAAUUAAAAGCUCCUAUAAGUCUUAAUUUUUGCUGCUUUUAACAUAAAAAACUUAUAUACUCCAGUGAGUUGGAAAAAUAAUGAAGUUCUGUAGUCUUGAUGAUGUAAUGGUGUAAGAAAUACUACUUCUGUAGUAGUGAUUUUUACAGGACCACUCAACUCCUGAAGUUACUUUGUCCAA